ACAUCAAACACAAAUUAAAAUCUCUCUUUCCCUUUCUCUUCCUCUCUCUCUCUCUGUCUCUCGAAUUCCCAAACAAAGAUACUAAUUCCCUUUCCCUUUUUAACAUUAAAAAAGAUGACAAGCAUGCUGAAAACUCAGGCCUUACUAGUUCUCGUGUUAUUGGUGAACUUUGCUUUUUUCAUGGGCUUAGAAGCCCGUCCAUUAAGUAUCAUUGAGACGGGGAAAUCAGCCACUGGAGGGGAAGAGGUGGAUUUCUUUGAUUGGUUAGCUCUGGGAGCAAUGAAGGAUUCUGGGCCAAGCCCAGGUGUGGGACACAAGUUCACCAAUAGUGAAACCCUUGGUGGGAUUAAGGACUCUGGUCCUAGUCCUGGAGGGAAAGGUCACCAAUUUACAAACAGCGAGACACUUGGUGGAAUCAAGAACUCGGGUCCUAGCGUCGGAGGAGAGGGUCACAAAUUUACCAACAGUGAGACCCUUGGCGAAAUUAAGGAUUCGGGUCCAAGUCCUGGCCAAGGACACUAAGUGCGUAUUUGAAUUGUGGUUUGAGAGAUACUAAAUGUCUGAUUGCGCAUUCCAAUGCACAAAACGGAGAAGUAACUACACGUUUAUUAAAAAUGUGGGUUACGUUGAAUUGAAGGGUAACCCAAACACGUUUGCAUCUCAUUCGGUCAUUCAUCCCCCUAUACUUGGCAAUAAUUCUCAAGAAAAAAAGACUAUAGAUGGAAAAUAAGUUUCAGGUUAAUUGAUUUGAUUCCUUCAUUUCUUUAAUUAAUUCCUGUCUACAUUUUUAUUUUUUUCACUUCAUUGAUCAUGCUGUAAUACUACUCCUAUUGAUGUACUAUAGUUCAGAAUUCAGAUAGUUGCGUCUUCUUUUGAGAUGUGUGAAUGGUAAAUUAAAGUAAGGACAGAGUAAUGCAAUUCACAUGUA